UGCAUUCGCUAGCUACGUCCACAGAUUAAUAAGAGAUUGUAAACAUACCUCUGUUUGCUUAAAAGCUAAUAUAGACGCUGUAAUACUCGACAUGCGAUAUUGUGAUAUUGGAGAAUAUUGAAAUUUAGUAAAUAUAGUCAAAUUCAUAAGGUUUGAAAAUUUAAUACCGUUACGGACUGUAUUUCCUAUCUGGAUAAAAUUUGAUCCCGGCUUUAGCUGUUGUUAAAUGUUACAGCUUAUCUGUCCGUAUGAAAUAUCUUCCGUAAUGUGAUGAUUCUGUCGAAAAUAUGGAAGCAUGACAUCCUUGCGUAUUGCGGUUUUCGGGGACAAAAAUGUUGGGAAAUCAGCGGUCACAGUGCGAUUCUUGACAAAACGUUUCAUUGGUGAAUAUAAUUCGGAUAUAGAUUUGUUGUACAGAUCCAGCAUCAAACAAGAAGAUUAUCUUACAGAUAUCGAAAUAUUGGAUACAUGUAGUCGAAGUGGAAAAAAUAAUCCGUCCGAGUCUCAUGUACAAUGGGCAGAUGGAUUUAUAGUGAUUUAUGAUAUUUGUGUAAAAGAGACAUUUGAAGUAGCUCGAACAAUUAUUCACUCUCUUCACAAGAUGAAAUCGCCAUUCAUCGUUCCAAUGCUGCUUCUCGCUAACAAACGAGAUCUCGAACACAGACGAGAAGUUGGUGUAGAUGUAGGCCACGAGCUCGCCCUAGAAUAUGGCUGCCAGUUUUACGAGGUUUCGGCAGCUGAUGUGUUUAUGCCAAUCAGCAUUGCUUAUCAGGCAUUAUUAAGAGAUGCAAAAAUAACUCAACAACAAAGAUCAACGAUAUUACGGCGGCGGAGGAGCUCCCUGAUGACAGUUUCGAAAAAACUCGUUUCUAUAUUUGGAAAGAAAGAAACUGACUUGGAAAAGAAACGACCGUCUUGUGAUGUUGUUCCUGAUUUCGCUUUGUCAAUCUGAAUGUAUCAUUCUUAUCUAAGGAAGUUGUUCAAAAUGAAUCGGGCACCUUUAUUGUCUACACUGUUCCGAAAACAAGCUUUUGUUAAAUGCUUAAAUUAAAGCUCGAAAUAAGCAGCAGAAGUAUGUGAAUUAAAGGUUUUCCACUAAGGUCAAAAAUCUUACAUAGACCAACUGUGACACAUAAACUCGAUACAUUUAAAAACGGCAACAAAGGAAUAUAUUCAGAAUUAAUUUAAAAAUCAAAACUUAAACUUAACUUAAAAGCGUAUAUACCCUUUUCAAUUUAAGGUAAUUUUGAGCGAAUGAUCUGAAAUUUGCACACAAGUUAUUUAAUAGGUCUUCAUAUCGUUACAAAUCGUUAUCUGUAUAAACCUUGAUAUGUUUAAAAUAAUUGCUAUAAAAAAACUUGACAAAAUAUUUACACUUGGAUGGGCAUGAACUCACUUCAAUUCAAACUUCGUAUAUUGAGCAGGACCCAUGUUAGAUUUCUUGUUUUUUCUCUUUUAAAAAUCUGUAAUUAUACAGGCUAAUGAUUGAAAAUCAUAAUUAUAUAACAUAAGUGUAUCUUCUCCCUUUUACUGUAUGUUUCAUUAAAAUUCAAACAUGAUUUCUUAGCCAAAAAAUGAAAAAAAAAAGCAUUUUAAUUCAUUUGCACGUGUUGUAUGUGAGUACACGUGCUAGUGUAAACUAUUUAGCAAGUUUUACAGUAUGCCAGAUUCUUCCCGGAUCAUUAACAUUUUAUUACCUGUAAUCAUUUAUUUUCUUUUUUUUUCAAUUAAAGUAUUAUGAAUUUUGUCUGUGAUAUUGUUGAUAAAAACUCUCAUGUAUUGCUUGCGUGUAAUAUAUGUA